ACAGAAGUGACUGUAGUGAGCAGUGAAGACAGUAGAAGCAGAAGAGGGACGAAGAAAAAAGGAGGGGCAAGUUAGUAAAGGAGGGAAAGAAGAGGAGCAGUAGAGCAAGGGAGAGUGCGAGAGAGAGAGCAAGAGUGAGAAAGAGAGAGAGAGCAGAAAUUCUCUGUUUGGCUAAACCUGACUGAAGAAAAUGCAUCCCAACUUUGCCGGCACCUGGAAAAUGAAGAGCAGUGAGAAUUUUGAUGAACUUCUCAAAGCCCUGGGCGUGAACGCCAUGCUGAGGAAGGUGGCUGGGGCGGCUGCUGCCAAGCCUCACGUGGAGAUCCGCCAGGACGGAGAGCAGUUCUACAUCAAGACCUCCACUUCAGUGCGCACCACCGAGAUCAACUUCCGCAUCGGCCAGGAGUUUGACGAAGAGACCGUGGAUGGCAGGAAGUGUAAGAGUUUGGCCACUUGGGAGACAGAGAACAAGAUUUACUGCAAUCAGACGCUGGUAGAUGGUGAAGGACCCAAGACAUACUGGUCCAGGGAACUGAAAGGGGAUGAACUCAUAUUGACGUUCGGAGCAGACGACGUGGUGUGCACACGGAUCUACGUGCGGGAAUGAUGCUGUAGACAUCAUCGGCCAGUCCUGAAGCACCAUGCCGAGCUACGAUUCCCCAAAUGGUCCAAAAUCUCCCCCUAGGUCAAGCAACUGCCCUUCAGUUUUACUGUGAUGUGGGAUGUGAGCAACAUGUUGACUCAACUCCAGCUUCUCCUAACUGGCCAGCUGUGCAUGUGCACUUGUGUCCUAACUGUGCUUUUGUGCUAAACCUCCAUCCAGUUAUAAACUUCCUUUGUCCAAACUUUUUUUUUUAGCUGUGCAUUUAGUGAUACUGCAUACAUACACGAUGAAAAGAAAAAAAAAACAGGAAUAAAAUUGAAAUCCAGGAUGUGAA